AUGACUUCGCCGGCGCCAACGGUAACACUUGUAUCCGAAUGCUUUAUCAAACCACUUGGCGACGAUCUCUCGCCCGAAUCAAAACAACCUUUACAUUUCACACCUUUUGAGCUUUCCUUUCUCAACUUCAACUAUAGCCAAAAGGGUCUGCUUUUCGCUAAACCCGAAAACCAAAAUAAUAAUUUCUCCAUAUCCGUAUUCUUGGGUGACCUCAAAACCUCACUAUCCACAACACUUACUCAUUUCUACCCGCUUGCAGCCCGUUUAGCAUCUCGAAUACAACAAGACAAAGACCCACUUAAUUCCUAUGUUAUCUACAUUGACCCUAACAACAGCCCGGGGGUCAAGUUUAUUCAUGCAAAGACGGAUGCUACUAUAUCCGAUGUACUUAACCCUAUAGAAGUACCGACAAUUGUUCGUUCCUUUUUCGACCUUAACAAUGCUAUUAGCCAUGAUGGUCAUACAUUGCCUUUGUUGUCCGUACAAGUGACCGAGCUAGCCGAUGGGAUCUUUAUUGGUGGCUCGGUUAACCACGUUAUAGCAGACGCAACAUCUUUUUGGCAUUUCAUGAAUUCUUGGAAUGAAAUAUUCAAAUCAGGGGCUAUCUCACGUUAUCCGGUGUUUGAAAAACGGAGUUCGGAUCCUAUAUGUAUUCUUCCGUAUGCAUAUCGUGAUCAAUUUAUUGAACGAUACGAACCUCCACAGUUACUACUUAAAGAGAGGUUUUUCCAUUUCACUUGUGCAUCAGUAGCAAGACUUAAGAAAAGAGCAAAUGCCGAGUGUAAUGGUACUCAAAAGAUCUCGAGUUUACAAGCGGUGUCUGCUCUUUUAUGGAGAUGCAUAACACGUGUAAGACGCUUACCAGAAGAUAGUGAAACGGAAUGUGUACUUGCGGUUUGCAACCGACGUAGGAUAAACCCGCCUUUAUCCGAUGGUUACUUUGGUAGCCCGGUUGUCACAAUAAAAGGAACAACAAAAGUAAAAGAAUUAUUGAUGGCGGCAAAUGGGCUUGGAUACGCGGCAUUGAAGUUAAAUGAAGCGAUCACAAACCAAGAUGACGCGGCAGUGCAAAAAUGGGUCGAGUCAUGGUUUGGAAACCCGGUGGUGUAUAAAUUAAGUGCGAGGUUAUCUCCAUUGACAAACGUGGUAGUCAUUUCGGGGUCACCCAGGUUUGAUAUGUACGGGUGUGAAUUCGGGCUGGGGAAAGCCAUUGCGGCUAGAAGUGGGUUUGCGAACAAAGCCAACGGGAGAAUGGCAAUGUAUCCGGGUCGGGAAGGAGGCGGGAGCAUUGAUGUCGAAGUUUGCUUAACGGCCGAAACUAUGAAGGAUCUUCAACAUGACCCGGAGUUCAUAAGUGCUUGCUUUUAA